ACACAAAACUUCGUGGGGGUUCCCCUUAUUAGCAGUAACUGUCAGUCACUACUCUGGUAUACACCAGGUAGCAUACUCGGAGAAGGGCUGCGAGAUGGUGAAGCUGCACCGGCUCAUCUCCAUCGUGCUCCGGCUGGCCGCAGCGGGAGCCGCGGCGGCGGCGGCGAUAAUCAUGGUGAUCAGCCAUGAGACCGCCACCUUCUUCGGCAUAGAGAUGGAAGCCAAGUACUCCUACACUCCAUCAUUUGUCUUCUUCGUGGUGGCAUUCGCUGUGGCUUCCGCCUACAGCCUGCUCGUCCUCCUCGUGCGGCCAGGGAGCACCGUCUCCAGACUAGUGCUCCUGACCGACGUGAUCGUGGGGAUGCUUCUCACAGGCGCGGUGGCUGCCACCGGAGCGAUAUCGGACGUGGGGAAGAACGGCAACGCGCACGCCGGGUGGCUGCCCAUCUGCGCGCAGGUGCAGGCCUACUGCGGCCACGUGGCGGGGGCGCUCAUCUCCGGCUUCGUCUCGCUCGUCGUCUACUUCCUCAUCAUCAUGUACUCCCUCCACGCCGUGGCGGAGCCCAUGUGCUCCUGCCAUUAGAAGAGCCACCCCAUCCUUGGUGGUGCCCAAGAUAUACGUUGUCCGUUUAUAAGCCCUAGUAAUUUUGUUUAGGCAUUGUUUUGAGAUAUGUUUAAUUUCGUCAUCUUCAUUUCGUAUGUGAUCGCUCGUUCCCCGUUUCAGAGUAUUCAGGCAUUCAGCUAGCUGUGCCAAAGUUCUUCUCUUUUGUCAUGUGUUUCAUUGGAAAUUUGAAGAGAAAAUGUUCUAAGAUGUUUCAGGGGACUUA